AUGCAUACCACACAGCACAGGCAGAGGGAAGAAAUAUCCCCAAGCGGGAAAAGAAAAGCAGGGGAAGAGGACCUCGGGGAGAGUCUGUCAGCCAGAGAGACGGUGGAGCUCAUCAGGCAAACCAUAAAGGGAGAACUUCAAGUGGUCUCUGAGGUGAAAGCAGCAAUGGACCAUGUCAAGCAGCGCAUUGACUGCGUGGAAGCGGAGGUGACGAAGCAGAUGGGGGGGACAAUACAGAUCCUGAACAAGAUCACCGACAAGCAGGACACCCAAGGUAAGCACAUCGCGCAGCUCCGUGAUGACCAAGAAGGCCUGGUGAACCGCAUCGAGCUAUUAGAGGGGAAGAUGGCCAGUUUUUCGCCAGCAGUGUCUACAGCCAGCACGGAAGGCGGGGAAAAAACACCAGCGAUCAUCAUGGGAGGAUGGCCGGAAGACCAGCAAGCCUCAGCGACACUGGAAAAGGCAAAAGAAAUGGUCCGAAGGUUGAGGAUCAAUAUCAACAUGGAGCAUGCCUUCGUCCCCGGAGUGAGGCGGGGGUAUGCCAUCGUACCCUACGGGCCGCAAGGAGGAGAAACGCCAGAACAAAUGAGGACGAGAAUCAGGGAAAGCCUCACCAAAGCCAAAGAAGCCAAUGUCAAGCUGGGAACCAGAGCCAGCGGGGAAGCACAGAAUUUCUGGAUGAGCAUCUCGCAGUCACCUGAAAGGAGAAGACGGGCUCAUUUUGGAAAAGGGAGGGAGCAAGUCACUCUUGGAAGUGGAGUGGCAAUCGGGGACGGUGUGGUAUGA